GCUCGCAAGGGCAGGAGGAGAUGAGCCACACUGCAGCUGAUCGAUGUGUUGUAGUGAUGUAAUGUUGCCUGUUUGGUGACUACGGAUGGCUGUUUGUGCCAGGCUCUGCGGAGUGGGUCAGUCGCGGAGGUGCAGGAGGCGACAGCGGCAAAAUCAGCAGGAUCAGGGUAGCGAUUCCGACAUGGACGAGGAAGAAGAGGAGCGGAUCGUGGGUCAGAGACAAGGCGACGGCGGCGGAGGCCCGGAGAGCGGCGUCGCCACUGCAGGGCCGAGUGACGCUGGUGAAUAUGGCAGCGGUCGUGUCAACAGAAGAGGCUGUCUGGAGCACACGAGCACGGGACCUCCACACCCUCAGUCAUUAGCGGAUCUACCGCCGGAGCUGUUAGUGGAGAUAUUCUCCCUGCUUCCCGGAACAGCGCUGCCAAACGUCGCCCUCGUCUGCAAGAAAUUCAAGCAAAUUCUCAGCACUGAAACCAUCUGGAGGAGGCGGUGCAUUGAAGAGUUCGGUAUGAAGGAUGAUCUGAGGAAAAUGGAAGUGGGAGGCGUAUCCAGCCAGGACCUCUAUGUUAAACGUGUCAACCCGCGGGUAAAGUCUGGGCGCUUUAUGAAGCUCCUCCCGGACUACGAGCACAUGGACUAUAGAGACGUGUACACACACUUGCUUCACCCAUACAGACAUAUCUUGGGCUUGUGGCAGCCCGACAUAGGGCCUUAUGGUGGAUUGCUCAAUGUUGUGGUGGAUGGGCUGUUCAUCAUUGGCUGGAUGUAUUUGCCGCCUCAUGACCCCCGCGUUGAGGAUCCCAUGAGACGACGGCCGCUCUUUCGUAUCCACAUGUGGGAGAGCAAAAAGGCCACCGUGGAGUGCAUGUACGGACACAAGGGUCCCCACAAAGGAGACAUACAGACUGUGAAAAAGGAUGAAUUUUCAACAAAAUGUAACCAGACUGAUCACCACCGCAUGCCUGGAGGCAGACAGGAGGAGUUCAGGACGUGGUUGGAGGAAGAAUGGGGCCGGACACUGGAAGAAAUCUUCCAUGAGCACAUGCAGGAGCUCAUCCUGAUGAAGUUCAUUUAUACGAGUCAAUACGAUAACUGCUUGACGUACCGGAGGAUCUACCUGCCCCCUCCGAUGCCCUCUGACCUGCUGCAGCCAGGCCUCUUCAAAGGCACCUAUGGCAGUCACGGCUUGGAGAUAGUCAUGCUCAGUUUCCACGAGACUUCUGCGAGAGCCACCAAGCUCACUGGGGACCCCAAUGUUCCUGCAGGGCAACUCACUUUGGAUGUUGACCUGAGCCGACCUGUGGUCCUCCCAGACUUGGAGCAACAGCGCAACAUAGAGGAGCUGUCCCGGCUGGUACUGGGCGUACAAGAAGAAGUGCAGAGAGAAGCAGAGCAACAGGCCAAGGGCACUUCCGCCACAGUCAGAGGGGCAGCAAAGGGGGCCUGUGGUAGUGCCAGUGCAGCAGAAGGGGCGGAGGCAGACCCUGGCCCCAGCAGCACCACCACCAGUCCUCCUGAAGCCCAGCCCUUCAUCCUGCCCCUGGAGGUUACGGCUCGCAACGAGGUGUACCCUCGCACCUGCAGGGAAUGCUUCUAUGGGACAGGCCUGAUCGCUGGGCAUGGCUUCACAAGUCCAGAGCGCACCCCGGGCCUUUUUGUGCUGUUUGAUCAGGACCGCUUUGGUUUCAUCUGGCUGGAGUUGAAGUCUUUCAGUCUGUACAGUCGCCUGACGGACCACCUAGCCCACGCUCACGCCCCAAACAUGGAGCGGUUUGAGGCUAUGCUGCGCAACAUGCAGUCCUGGACAUCCUGAUGCACCAUGCUUAUCUCCUUAGGAGAUAAGGAGACUUAUCUCCUCCCACAAUGCAUAAUUACAACCACGACCACACAUCACAACAUCAAACCCGAGCCACCUCUGUCCUCUGCUGACAUCGUUACUAUCGCGUUAGGUCAUGACAUUAACUCUACAGGCUCUGUCCGUAUCUGCUUCACAACACAUUGGACUUUACUGUCUAAAUAAGCUAGUUUUGUCAUCCCAAGCACUUUGAAAGGCCCCCCAAGUCACCAUUUAUCACCUCACUUCAGCAUGAUAGUAGUUCAUGUUAAUGUUAUUUAUUUAUUUAUUCCCUGCAGGAGAUAAGGAAUGAAAUUUCAUACCACUUACUAUGGAUCAAACUGUACGUGCCUCUGAUUCUAAAACCAUGUCUGUACUUGUUAGUGCUUGAAGAAGAUAAAGGUAUCCAGUGUAUUCUAAAAUAUAGUAUUAUACUGAUUUUAGUGCCCAACAUAUCGAUCUGCAUGCUGCAUUUUAUUUAGAUCGAAUCGCAUUACACUCAUAACCAUGAUCUUGAACAUGAUGCUUUACUUUCAUGAAGCAGCAUGCCUGUUUUUUGUUGUUGUUUUUUUUUGCUUUAGACACAUCAGAAUUUAAAAAGAAAAAAAAAAGACAGCCUCUCAGGUGUUUUACAGGUGUAUGAAGUUAAUCUCAUUCGAUUCAGUUGUCCAGUUGGAAUUGGAAAUUGAGUAAGUUUUACAGCUGGGCAGUUUUCUAAUCAUUGACAAGAGGGGAUUUGCUGACUCAUCAAACACUGUAGCUAUACUGUAUCACCAUUGUUGGGCAGACUGACAUGUUUUUUUCCCUUUGAACUUAAGAGAUAUCCUUUUCACUGAUAUGCUUUGACUCAUGGUCUUAAGUCAAACAUAUUUUUGUCGCCACACCCAACAUAAUAUUAUGUAAGUUGGAAAGAUGUAUUGUACUUCAAUAGAAUUAUAUAACCAAUACAUAAACUGCAUUUAAUUGAAAUUCUACAGUUUAUGUGCUGAUAGAAUUAUGAUGUGAAACAGAAGCGUCUCUUACCUUUGAAAUGUAUUGCAUAUAUUGUUUAUUUAAAUGGCUGACAUGACGUUUGCCUGGCUUUACACCUGCAAAGCUAUUCCCUCCAGUUUUACAAUUUAUUUCAAAAUUGAGAUCAGGCUAGCUGAACACAAUACAAACUAACAGCUUAAAGUACCAAGUAAGUGUCUGUUCGUCUCAUUACGGCCUGAUGGUGUUGCCCAGUAGCUUUCCUACUCCAAGUGCACUUUUCUGGGCAGUAUAGGGAAUCAUUCAAAACCACUGGCCAGCACUUUUCUAUCAGACUGCAGCUUUAUUAACAUUUGCAAAAAAAGGUAUCUGCAAAGCAUCAUCAACUUAAUUUUAUCAUUUUAUUAAUUUCCGCUGAUAUUUCUAACAUUUGUUUCAUGCAUUCUCCCAUCUGUAAGCCCUCUGUACCCAGCUAUUUGACUGAUUUGCCUUUGAAAAUGUUGCUUUGUACUAUUUCCAAUGCCAUACGCCUGAUUUUGAGGAAAAUGAACCAAGUCUGACCUAUUGAACUGCUCACAUCGGACUUCAGGGAGCUUUUCAGCUUAAGCGCUCUUCUCAGUAAUAAAAAAAAUACAAAACUGAAAAGGACA